UGUAAAUUUUAAGUGUGCAUAAUAAGUACAGCAUCCAAAACAAAAUGGCAAAAUUAACAACAUCCUUGAUUAUUUGUAUAGUAUUAAUAUCAACAAUAUUUACAUUUGUUCAUUCGGAUCAAAUGCCAAAUUUUGAUAUUUGUUCGAUAUCUUUAUGUGCUGCGGUCCAGACACCAUGUCCACCAGGAUUGUAUUUGGUACCGAAAGAUCCAUCAGUAGGACGUUGUUGUGAUACAUGUGAGUCAUAUGCAAAAUUAGGAGCCUAUUGUAAUGAAACCGUUUGGUGUCACCCGAAUUUAAUAUGUCCAGUAAUAUUAGUAAAUGGAGAAUACUCGCCGGACAGUGUAUGUUCAUUUUUAUGGGAAAAUCGGGAACCAAAAUGUGAUACAACAUAUUGCCCAACGUAUGAAACUUGUCCAAAUGGAACCACUUUAGUAAAACAUAAUGGUGCUAAUAUCUGUUGUGAUCAAUGUGUCGACCAUGCUAAAUUUGGUGAAUAUUGUGACAAUACAGUCCAGUGCCUUGAUGGAUUACAUUGUACAAAUAAUGUUUGUACCGAAUCCGAUUUCUGUAAUAAAGAAAAGCAACUAUGUGUUGUUCCAAAAGAUUGUGGAUCAGAUGAAUACAUAAUACCUCCCAAUGGCUUAGAUCGUUGCUGUGACACUUGUGGAUCAUAUGCAAAAUUGGGCGAAGCAUGUGAUCCUGAAUCUAAGCGAUGUGAAACAAAUACAUACUGUGAUAGCUACUCGAAUACGUGUACAAAACCACAAAUUGCAUGUAGCUGUGCUCCAGCGUUUGAGAAAGAUUGUUUAAAUGGCGUUUGGAUACCACCAAACGAAGCACCAGGUAGUUGCAGUUGUGGAUAUUGUAAACUUGACGCAGAUAAUUGAUUUUAAAUAGCUUAAAAAUGUCUAUAUUAGACGAAACAUGUCACAAUUCGUUAAUAAAAACAAGUAUUUAUAACAAAUUCAAA